GGAGAAAAUAAAUAACACACGUUCUUUACGAACGUUGGCGUGGUGCGAAAAGAGUUCCUGACGAUCUGAGGGAUGGUCGUUUUCCUUAAAUUUGAGGUUUACGUAUAUGAAUGAAUGAAUUACGAAGAAAAUUUUUAUUUUAUUUUUUUGUGUUUAAUCAGGGUAAAUUAUCAAAAUGAAGUACUAUGAAGGGUUUGCACAAUUUAAAUACAAAUGGGAUCAAGUUGUCUCUUCCUUUUUCCAAAGAUAUCCAAAUCCACGCAGUAAACAUGUGCUCACAGAAGACAUGCUGUCAUAUCAUGUAAAAGGGAACAAACUUUUCACCAAGAAGUUAUAUACAAAAACUAACAAGCUGCCAAAAUGGGGUUCUUCCUUUGUUACCGGACCAAAACAAGUGUGUGUGAUUGAAGAAACGAUUCUAGAUCCCAAAGCCAAGAAACUUACAACAUAUUCUCGCAAUGUUGGCUAUUUAUCCAGUAUAAUGGUAGUGGAAGAGAGAUGCGAGUAUACCUUGAAUACAGAAGAACAGAAGUGGACGUCAUUGAAACGUGAAGCCUGGGUCACCUCCAGUAUCAUGGGAUUCUCUCAUGCUAUCCAAGCGUUUGGUAUUGAACGAUUUAAAAAGAAUUGUCAAAGUACUUUAAAAGGAUUUCAGUACAUCCUGGAGAUGAAAUAUGGAUCUGAUAAAAUGCAGGACGCUUCAACGAGUGAAAGUAAACUUAAAGAAACAGCUAAAAAUGCCCGAGAGAAAGCUAGUAAAAUGGCAGCCAAGGCUGGAAUUGUACAAUACUAAAACAGUUCUGGAUAUUGUUAAUCAUUCCGUUUAUUUCAUCUCUUACUUAUUUUGUGAAAUCUCAUUUGGGGGAAUUUUCAAAGAAUCUAGUAAGAAAAAGAUUUUAUCAAAUGACAUAAUUGUGCAAUUAUUUCUCCUUCACACUCAGGUUAUAUGAUAUCCCCUCCCCGAAUUAUUUUUUAUUUUAAGUUUUAUUGUCUCCUGCAAUUGGUGGAUCAUAAUUUGUUGAAAUUAGGCCACAAAUUAAAUUCUACUUACGAGUUAACUCGUAAAUUAUCGUAAAUGAUUUUGCAGCUCGUCAUUUGAAUUAAUUCUAGUAUGGACAACCACACAUCACGACAUAUUCCAAACGCUACAAUUAUUUGUGUGAGUUGUGUGAGUAUAGUCCGUAACACGGAUAAAAUACCCGGUAGCUGUUGUGUGGGAUAACCCAGGAGGUCAUACAAGAAUAACACCAAAGAUAUUUAGCGAAGGGGAAAUGCUUGUCAUAUUUUUGGGUAAUGUAGGUGUUUGGUACUUGAGGUUUGAGUAUAUUAAUAUAGUAGAAAACAUCUUUAUCAGCACAUGUUUGGCAUGCUUAAUUGUGAGGCUUUAAAAAUAUUUUUGCUUAUAGUGGUGGACCGUUUUUUGGCUGAUAGCAUGUUAAAAAUAGAAUUAUGCAAAAUACACUUCUUGAUCGCUUACAAUACUGAUACUGUUCAUCUUUGUACAUUGAUAAAACUGACAAUAGAAUACCUAGUUAAGCAUUCAUUAUAGGAUGGCUUUUUUAUUAGUUAACAAGUUUGAUUAAGAUUCUUUCUAAUUUUGGGUUACAGGAGGGUGUGAUUUUCAUGUAAUGCAUUGUACUGCCAAUUCAGUAUGUAAUAGCAAUAAACAAGAGACUUAUCAAAGU